GUUUAUUUUCAGGGUUGUGCUUGGAGACGUGUAGUCCUACAUUGAGCACAGUUUAGGUUUAUAAUUAUGUUACAAUGCCGUUUUGAGGAUAUUAAAUAAAUGACGUCGUUGGAUAGAUCUCCGAAGCGUCCAGGUUUGGAUUUUGUCGGUGACAUGUGAGAUGUUGCUGCGUGGUUUCGGAGACACACUCACCAAGCCAGGCUAGUCGAGUUAGCAAGCGCAGCUAACACCGUUAGCCUCUUCGUUGUCUUCGCCGACAUUGGGUUUGUGUUGACGCAGUAAUAAUUUACGUCUUUAUCUGGUUGUAAUAUUCGGAAACUGUCGUCUACAAACUGUCACAAGAGAGCCGCUUCAGUGCACAGACAGUGCGGCGGAACUUAGCGGAUAUUUAUUCGCCACUUUCUUCUUUUUGACACUGUGGAGAGAGCGAGCGGACACUUCUAUAUUUAUCUGUUAGACGUGUGGUGCGUUCAGGGAACAUGUUAAAUAUGUGCUGAAAUGCGCCUGUCGUACGUGUUCUUGGGUUAGGAGCGCACUUCACAGCAUAAAGCGGCCAUAGUGUUUCGGCUGACAUGGCAGCCAGCGGAUUCUCUGACCUGAGGGACAAGCUGAAGUCCAUGACUCCGCACAGGGACGACUACCGGAACAAAUACUCCGACCGAACCAGCAACGGCGGCGGGAAGGGCCGGAAGCGAAAGUACCGGGAGUCUGAUGACGACGAGUACGAGCACAGCGACGACAGCUCGGACCUCCGGGAGCAGGAGGCCCGUCGUGUGAAGAGCAGCGUCGUGCAGUUGAACAUCUUCACCCCGGAGGAGUGCGCGCGCAUCGAGGAGAAGAUCGACGAGGUGGUCGCCAAGGCGGAGGCUGGACUUUACCGCGAGCACACCGUGGACAGGGCCCCCCUCCGCAACAAGUACUUCUUCGGGGAGGGCUACACGUACGGAGCCCAGCUGGAGAGGCGCGGGCCGGGCCAAGAGCGGCUGUACAGCAAAGGGCAGGUGGACGAGAUCCCGAGCUGGGUGCACGAGCUGGUGAUCGAGCGGCUGGUGUCCAACGGGGUGAUCCCCGAGGGCUUCGUCAACAGCGCCGUCAUCAACGAUUAUCAGCCGGGCGGCUGCAUCGUCUCGCACGUGGAUCCUCUGCACAUCUUCGCGCGGCCCAUCGUGUCCGUGUCCUUCUUCAGCGACAGCGCGCUCUGCUUCGGCUGCCGCUUCCAGUUCAAGCCCAUCCGGGUGUCGGAACCGGUGUUCGUGCUGCCGGUGAGGAGAGGGAGUGUCACGGUGCUCAGUGGGUAUGCUGCUGAUGACAUCACUCACUGCAUCCGGCCCCAGGAUAUUAAGGAGAGGCGUGCAGUGAUCAUCCUCAGAAAAACGAGACCUGAUGCUCCUCGACUGGACUCCGACAGCCCCUUGAACUCUUCUCCUGCUGGAAAACCUGGUCCACUGAAAGCGAAACGCUCUCAUCGCAAAGCAGACCCAGAUGCCGCUCACAGGCCGAGAGUUCUGGAGAUGGACAAAGAGGAGAACAGACGCCCUUCGUUCUCCCGUCAUCAUCGUCGCAGCAUCAGCUCGGAGAACGACGGGAGGCGCGAUGACGACUUCGACAAACACCGGGAGAGUUCAGGGAGCAAAAUCAAAAUGAGACGCCACUGAGUUUCAUAUUUGUGUCACGUGCACGUGUGCAUAAGAAUACUCCUGCUCUUUUAUGUGCGUCAGUAUUGUAGCUUUGUUUAAUCGGUCAUCGUUCCGUUGGUCCCGUUUAAUUUUGGCUCGAGGAGCUCCGUUAUGUCUUGGUUUUAAUUUGAUUCUAGAUCAGCUUGAGUGUUCAUUUGUUUCUGACAGGAAAAGAAACCAAACAGGCGUUUUUGCUGCUUAUUGCAGAACUUUAUUGCUCACCGCAGGAAGGCUCUGUUGUUAAUCAGUUUAAAUUAAACCUUUGUGUUUAUAGAUACUAUAAAACGGCAUGUAUUUUUUUCUACCUUAGGAACUGAAAGGAAGAUGUAUGUAGACACUUGUACAAAGCAAAGCCGAGCUGUAAUCUAACUUGUUACGAUGUACAAUAUGUUUGUAUAGUCUUAAUUUGGGGAGCUUUCAUAGAGAUGAUUUUUAUUUCUUGCAUUUCAUACCUUUGCUGUGCCAUGUCAGACCUUCACUGUUUAUUUACUUUAACCUCCAGAUCAUCAUUUUCAGCUGCAGCAGUUGAUGCGUGUGCAGCCUUUGCUUUUUGUUUUGAUUUCACACAUGUCGGAGGUCAGUCUGGUUUAAAAAAACAAAAAAGCUAAAGUAAAACUUUUGGAGUGUUGAAAACUCAGGACUUGUUUUACACUCAUGUUUCAGUCCAAGUUUCCUUUAUAUCUUCAAAUAUGACAUGACACAUGUCAUCCCUGCUCUAAUAAAUCCAAGUGUUUCCUUCUUUAAGUCAGUUUGAGCUUAAUUUGAGCGAAACCACUGGUCUAAAACUUUAAGAAAUUAAACUUUUAACAGGUUCCUUUAUUUGUAGUUUACUGUGUAAACUAACUUUCCGACUUCCUCAUGUGGGAGAGUAAUUCUUAACUGACAGGUUAGUCUGGGGUUACACAAGUCAAAAUAACUAGUGCUGUGGAGGAAUUACUUUGUAAAAUAGGAUGAGUAAAAUUCAGUAUGCUUCAGAAGUUGAAGGGUAUUUACAGAAGGCAAGCACAAGAUCCCAAAGAGGACCACUUUUUGUGAUGAAGGAAGCCUGGAAUUCCUAAAACUCUUUAAAUGCUCUUAUUUUAAGUUUUAAUCUUCAAUGCAAACCACUAACAAGAUAUUUUCCCUGUGACUGGAUAGAAGCCCAGCUUUUAAUGUUUGCAAAAAGUUAAUCUUUAACGUCAACACUGGCCCACUGAAUUAGUUUUGUCCUUUUUAAACCUCUGUGUGCAGGAAUGGUCAAACUCCAUAAUUUGUACGUUCCAAUUAGGUAACGUGUUCAAAUCUAAUGUUUUAAUAUUUUGUAGUGGUAUUUGGGGGAAAUUAUUCCUGACCCUUUAUUGGGGGAGUGGGGGGUGUUUAUAAUAUGCAUUUUGCUUCCACAAAUAUAUAAUUUAAUAAAUAAAACGAAACUUG